AUGGCGCCGCGUGCGCAUGCGCGGCGGAGGCGGCGGGGCUCCAAGAGGGGGGCGCCCGGUGGGGAGGCGGCGGGUGGUUUCGCGGCCUGGCUGGCGGCGCGGCUGGAGGCGCUGGGCCUCGACCGCGCCGUCUACGGUGCCUACAUCCAGGGGCUGCUCCGCGAGGAGGAGAGCGACGAGGAGCGGCUGGAGGCGCUGCGCGGCGUCCUGGCCGCCUGCCUGGAAGAAGAUCUCUUAAACGAUGUUUGCAGGGAAGUAGUCGAGAAGUGGUCUGAAUCUCAGAUUGUUGACGCCAAAGAGAAAAAAGAAGAUGAGAUCCAAGCCAUCGCCAGCAUGAUGGAGAAGCAGGCCAAGAUUGUGGUGAAGCCAAAGGAGGUGUCCCAGGAAGAGAAGCAGAGGAAAGCCGCCCUCCUGGCCCAGUAUGCCAAUGUGACGGAUGAGGAAGAUGGUGAGGAUGACCAGGAUGGAUCGAUUGCAACAGCAGUAAAUAUUGGAUCGGAAAAAUCGCUGUUCCGAAACACAAAUGUGGAGGAUGUCUUGAAUGCCAGGAAGCUGGAACGGGAGCUACUGCGAGAUGAGUUCCAGAAGAAAAAAGAGCAAGAUAAACUCCAGCGAGAGAAGGAUAAGCUAGCCAAGCAGGAGCGGAAGGAAAAGGAGAAGAAAAGGACACAAAAAGGCGAGCGGAAGCGAUAGCUGGGGUUUUCCAAUUGGACUCUGAUGGGAUAAAAUUAAUGACAAAUAUGGGGUGUGUUUAAAAAGCAGCAGAAAUUCUGGGCACGUGGCUGGCGAGUGGUUCUUUGGAAGCGCUUCCUUUUUUCUUUUAAAUUUAAAAAAAAAUUUUUUUUUUACAUAGCAGAAAAGAAAUUUCAAGCACCUCCUAAACUCGAAGCGUGCCAUGUGCUUGUGGUGUCAGAUGUCCCAGUCAGUUAUUGUGGCCAAUGUCUGUACCAAAGAACGGUGAAGUGAUUAUGUCCGUGUCUUUAAAUUGAUUUUUACUUCUAGCCACUUCAAGCAAAGCAAAACAAGAUGUAGGAGAGGGCUUUCAAGCUGGCUGCGUCCUCCUGCUGGCCUUGGUUUGCAGCAACAGCGUGUUAGGAUUUGAGAACUGAGCAGAGCCCCUUUCUGACUUGUAAUUAAGGACAUGCUGCUACAGGGCAAAUGUAAAUUUAUUUACACUAGCCUUGAAAAAUGUAUUUGCAAAUACAUGUAUUUAUACUGCCAUGAACAAUGCUAUGUCUUCGUUCUGGCUGACCUCAGCGAGGGUGAGUGCUGUUCUGCAGCAAGAGAAAGGAAAUGUUAUGAAAUAUAUAUGAGUUGCAGCUACGAGACUGCAUCACCCACAGGCUCUUGGUGAGGUAAAGGCUGUGCUGAUUUGAGCAUCAGCCGCAGCAGUAGCAGAUCGGUUGAGUCCUUACACUAUUUUAAGACUACAUGCCGGUAGCUGGAAAAUGGUGCUCCCCGAUGUUUCAUGUGGGUGAACAUUGACUGUUAUUUCUAUGGCAGUUGCCAGGGCGAAUGCUUUAAUGCAGGCUCAGCACUGAGUGGCUGUAGGCAACUUGGAUGUGCUGGGUUUACAAGCCAGUUGCUCUCACCAGGGACAGCUGCAAGUGGGAGCUGUCUGUGGGGGCUGAAUGCUUCUCUUGCCCCAAAGGGCUUGUUACUUGCUGUUUCCAGCCGUUUUCGUGAUGGUGUCACCUGCAUCUGGAGAGAACACUAAUUUCUGUAAACUGAGUGUGAAGGAGGAGCUGCAGCACUUUCGGGGGCACAGAAGGAACGGGCAUGCCUUGCCCCUGUGCUGCUUUGUGCUCUGGCUGUGGUUUGCUGGCGAGGUGCGCUUCUAGCAGGAGGCGGCUCCUGAGCUGCUGGUGGUGCCUGUCCCCAUCGCCUGCUUUCAGCACCAGUCUGAUUAAAGGGUCAUGCCUCC